AUUCCACCAACCACAAGGGCAUUAUCGUCAAUAGACAUAACCAGCUAAUUUUCCCUUAUAAAAUCAUAACUGCCAACCUCCAAACUGCCACUAUUCUGCUACACUCUCGCUUUCUCUCUCACCACCACAAUCACCCGCCAAAAAAAAUGGAUCCCGUCUCCGAUUGGGGCAACACGCCGCUCGCCGCCGUGGACCCCGAGAUCCACGACCUCAUCGAGAAGGAGAAGCGCCGCCAGUGCCGCGGAAUCGAGCUCAUCGCCUCAGAGAACUUCACCUCCUCCGCCGUGAUCCAAGCCCUCGGCAGCCCCCUGACCAACAAAUACUCCGAGGGCAUGCCGGGGAACCGCUACUACGGCGGCAACGAAUUCAUCGACGAGAUCGAGAACCUCACCCGCGCCCGCGCCCUCCACGCCUACCACCUCGACGCCGCCAAAUGGGGCGUCAACGUCCAGCCGUACAGCGGCUCCCCGGCCAAUUUCGCCGCCUACACGGCGGUCCUCGACCCGCACGAUCGGAUCAUGGGGCUCGAUCUGCCGUCCGGAGGCCAUCUCACCCACGGGUACUACACCUCCGGAGGGAAGAAGAUCAGCGCCACGUCGAUUUAUUUCGAGAGUUUGCCGUACAAGGUCGAUUCGACCACUGGAUACAUCGAUUACGAUAGAUUGGAGGAAAAGGCGUUGGAUUUUAGGCCCAAAUUGAUUAUUUGCGGAGGGAGCGCUUAUCCGAGGGAUUGGGAUUACAGGAGGUUCAAGGAGGUUGCCGAUAAAUGCGGCGCGCUACUCCUCUGUGAUAUGGCGCAUAUUAGUGGCCUCGUUGCUUCUCAGGAAGCAGCCGAUCCGUUUGAGUACUGCGAUUUGGUAACGACGACGACACAUAAGAGUCUAAGGGGUCCGAGAGCAGGCAUGAUUUUUUACCGAAAGGGCUUAAAGCCAGCCAAGAAGGGGCAGCCCGAAGAUGCUGUUUACGACUUUGAGGAUAAGAUCAACUUUGCGGUUUUCCCCUCCCUUCAGGGCGGGCCCCACAAUCACCAGAUCGGAGCCCUUGCGGUCGCACUGAAGCAGGCAUCUUCGCCUGGAUUCAAGGCGUACGCGAAGCAAGUCAGGGCUAAUGCAGUUGCACUCGGCAAUUAUCUGAUGAGCAAAGAUUACAAGCUCGUCACCGGUGGAACUGAAAACCACUUGGUUCUUUGGGAUCUUCGCCCGCUCGGAUUGACUGGAAAUAAAGUUGAGAAGCUCUGUGAUCUGUGCAAUAUUACUGUUAACAAGAAUGCUGUGUUUGGUGACAGCAGCGCCCUGGCUCCCGGAGGAGUUCGCAUCGGUACACCCGCUAUGACAUCGAGAGGAUUGGUCGAGAAAGACUUUGAGCAGAUCGCGGAAUUCCUCCACAGAGCUGUUUCGGUCACAUUGAAGAUCCAGAAGGAACACGGUAAGCUACUGAAGGACUUCAAUAAGGGACUCGUGAACAACGCAGACAUCGAACAACUUAAGGCUGAUGUCGAAAAAUUCGCCUCCUCGUUCGACAUGCCUGGGUUUAAGAUGUCGGAGAUGAAAUACCGAGACUAAAAUUGAAAUUCAUGCUAGGGCAAUUUAUUAUGUAGUUUUCAUGGUUUUUCUGGCUUUCCUGCUGUUUGAUCUGUUAUUGAUUUUUUGGUUUGAAAUGAAUAAAAAUAUAUAUGCAUGCUGCUUUUGUUCAAUACUUCGUCGUAAACCGAAAGCCGAAUCCCGGAAACCCCAAACCGAACCGGAACCGGAUAUGUAACUAGAAAGUAAAAUAUUCAAAUAAAGUUUCUUAUUGAAAUUUAGGACCACGCAACGAAAUAAUUCUUUAGUUGAAGCAAAAAGGACAACGAUAAUAACUCCUUCGAAUAUAACUCGUUCCAAAACACGAAUAACAAAAGGCAACA